UGUGACAAUUCAAAAUCAGGAUCAAUUAUGGGGUUAUCAUAUCAUUUGGAUUAUUCAUUUUCCUUAUACAAAUUCCAUUUAUGUGCCACCAUAAACAAUAUCAUUUUCUUCUUCCAAUUUAUGAAGCAUAUAUACACUAACACAAACACGAAGUGUGUAGGUAUCUCUCUCUAUAUAUAUACACACUUGCAAUACCAAGAAUCACAUUUUUCAGUAGCUUUCUUAUCAAAGUCGAAUAAACCAAAAAAUAAGAACACCAUGAACGCUUUAGCAGCAACCAACAGAAACUUCAAGCUAGCUUCUAGGCUUCUUGGUUUGGACUCAAAGCUCGAGCAAAGUCUUCUCAUUCCUUUCAGAGAAAUCAAGGUGGAAUGUACCAUACCUAAAGACGACGGAACUCUUGCAUCAUUCGUUGGAUUCAGAGUCCAACACGACAAUGCAAGAGGUCCCAUGAAAGGUGGCAUUAGAUAUCAUCCAGAGGUGGAACCGGAUGAAGUAAACGCAUUGGCUCAACUCAUGACAUGGAAAACAGCUGUGGCUAAGAUACCUUACGGUGGAGCCAAAGGAGGGAUUGGUUGUGACACUAGCGAGCUAAGCAUCUCAGAGCUCGAACGUUUGACUCGAGUUUUCACUCAGAAGAUCCAUGACCUCAUUGGGAUUCAUACCGACGUUCCUGCUCCGGAUAUGGGAACCGGUUCUCAGACAAUGGCGUGGAUUCUUGAUGAAUACUCGAAAUUUCACGGACACUCUCCUGCUAUUGUGACCGGCAAACCAAUUGAUCUUGGUGGAUCUCUUGGGAGAGAUGCUGCCACAGGAAGAGGAGUGUUGUUCGCAACAGAAGCUCUACUCAACGAACAUGGAAAGAGCAUAGCUGGACAGAGAUUCGUCAUCCAGGGUUUUGGGAAUGUGGGUUCUUGGGCGGCGAAGUUGAUAAAUGAAAAGGGAGGGAAGAUUGUGGCGGUGAGCGACGUCACAGGAGCAAUCAAGAACAAGAAUGGAAUCGAUAUCUCUGGUUUGAUCGAGCAUACCGAAGAAAACAUAGGAGCCAAAGGGUUUGAUGGUGCUGAUGCUAUCGAUCCUGAUUCAGUUCUUGUUGAAGAUUGUGAUAUCUUGAUCCCCGCAGCCCUAGGUGGCGUCAUCCACAGGGAAAAUGCUAAUGAGAUUAAAGCAAAGUUCGUCAUUGAAGGUGCUAAUCACCCAACUGAUCCUGAAGCUGACGAGAUAUUGAGGAAGAAAGGUGUUGUGAUUCUUCCAGACAUAUACGCAAACUCAGGAGGAGUCAUUGUAAGUUACUUCGAAUGGGUUCAGAACAUACAAGGAUUCAUGUGGGAUGAGGAAAAGGUGAACAAGGAGCUAAAGAGUUACAUGACUCGCGGCUUCAAAGAUUUGAAAGAGAUGUGUAAGACUCACUCAUGUGAUCUCCGUAUGGGAGCUUUCUCCCUAGGUGUUAACCGUGUGGCUCAAGCUACCGUUAUCAGAGGCUGGGGAUCAUGAGAUCCCCUUGGAAGUUCAGUAAUAAGAACUCAUACAAUCCUUACCUAUUGUUGAUUUGCUCUGUAAUCUUUAAAAAAAUUCUAUCAAUGGAAGCUAAUUAGAUGCAUUUUUUAAAAAACUCCAUUGGUUAAAGCAAAUAGAGUAUGAGAAGAAUUUAGAAACUAAAAAAAAAAAAAAAACUUUCGCAACCAGUGGAAUCAAGAAAAACGUUUUUAUUACAAGCAUAUCCUGAACUUAGUGCUACACGUUCAGGUAGGAACCAUCUCAUUUUAUUGUCUAAAAAAUAAAAAAGCUCCCUAUUUUUGUCUACAAUGGAAGUUUGAUUUUUGAUGACUCUUGGCUGGUGUUUGCUUGAUUUAAUCUUUCUGUCCAGUCUCAUGUAAUAUUUCAAAUGUUUAGUAGUAGUCUUAGAUCAUUUCUUAUUGGAGUUGAAACAUGUGUGCACCCAUUUUUUCUAUGUCAUUUUGAGUUUUGACUUGACUAAAAUAAGUUCUUGUUAUGUACAAGGCUGGCCGAAGACCAAGUGCAAGCAGUGCACCCGCUCCAUGGCCCAGUCCAUAAGGUUUUUUUUAAUCAUUUGUAUAACUUUU